AUUACAGAGAACAAAAGAAGACAGUGGACUUUAAUGAUCUCAGUGAAGCUGAAGUUCAGUUCAGGAUGAAGAUCCUCCUCAUCUUCACUCUCUGCCUGAUCUCAGGUCCAGUGAGCUGCUUUGAUGUGAUUGGCUACUCAGGAGGUAGUGUCAUAAUCUACUGCAAACACAAACAGUAUGGAGUGCUUAAUAAAUAUUUUUGUAAGGAAACACCAAAGCAGUGUGUAAAUGUAAGAAUUCAGAACAAAUGGAGUCAUAAAGACAGAUUUUCUCUACGUGACUCUAGUGAAGUUUUUACAGUGAUCUACAGAAACCUGAGUUUACAGGAUGCUGGAUCAUAUCGGUGUGGAGAGGCUGGAGAGUGGAAACAUGAUGUGAACCUGAAAGUGAACACAGAUUCAUGUUGUUUGAGUCCAAAUACUAUGACUGCUUAUCUGGGAGAGACUGUCACCAUCAACUGUUCAUAUCCAGAGGAGUUUAAAACAAACUACAAGUACUUAUUCAAACAGGAUGGUCAAGAUUUUACUGAAGUGAUCACAACCACAGAGACUCAGAGAGACAGAUUCUCCCUCUCUGAUGACAGAAGCUCUAAAGUUGUCAGUGUGAGAAUCAGUGAUGUGAGAGAAGAUGAUGGAGGAGUUUAUUACUGUGCAGUGUUGAGUGGAGGAGACUCAGUCAGUUAUCACUCCUUCUACACAGAGGUUCAGCUACAGGUCACUGAAACAUCACCUUCUCCAAAACAACCACCACCACCAGGUUCCUCUGUCAUCAUCAUCAUCAUCAUUGUGUGCGUCUGUGUGGCUCUGCUGCUGAUUGGAGGAUCAGCACUGAUCUUCUACAAACUGAGAGGCACCAAGACACAAGGUUCCAUCUCUUCAUUUAAUGUGGCAAAGAUGGGUAGCAAAAAUAGAAUUUCUCACUCUGCCUGUGACUAUGAGGAAAUUAGAGACCCCAGACCCAAUGCAGACACCGGAGCUACUCCGCUUUCUGUGGAGCUACCCUCUGAUCCUCCAAAUGCUGUGAAUGUCACUGCACAGCAACCACCUAACUCCCCUGUCCAGCACAUCUACAGCGAAGUUGAUCUCCCCACUGAAGCCACGGUUAGUAUCCAGAAUGAAGAUUCUCAUACUAAUUCCACAGUCGCCUUCCAUACAGAGAAAUCUGCUACUGUGUACGCCAGUGUCAACCACCACCCACAGCUGGAAUGACCUAUUUAUCACUGAGACCAAUAACAAUUCUUGAGUCUUUAUUUUUGUUCUUUAUUUGAUGCUUUUUAACAUUGCUGUAACUGGUAUGACUGUAAAGAUUCUGUGCAUCAGUAGCACCCCAACAAGUGUAAAACCUCACUCCUAAUCUCACUCUGUCACUCUGCCUGAUUC